AGGUGGGCUCUGGCCGCGGGGAACCGGGGACCGAGCCGCCGCCGCCCCUAGAGGGGAGCAGCCGGGACGAGGGGGCCGCAGUCCGGGGAGGGGGCCCCACGAUGCCCAAAGUCUUCCUGGUGAAGAGGAGGAGCCCGGGGGUCACGGUCCGCAGCUGGGAUGAGCUCCCGGACGAGGAGAGGGCAGACACCUACAUCCCAGUGGGCCUGGGCCGUCUGCUCCACGACCCCCCCGAGGACUGCCGCAGCGACGGCGGCAGCAGCAGUGGCGGCGGCAGCAACAGCGCGGGGGAGCCCGGAGGCGCGGAGAGCAGCUCGUCCCCGCGCGCCCCCGAGCCCGGCGAUGGCGAGGUCCCCGGUGGACACCUGGCGGCGAAGCAGCGCCCGGUCGCCAGGUCGAAAAUCAAGCACUGGCUUCCGCCUUGGGUCCGAGGUGGCUGUUGGAGCUCUCCCGAGCAGGAAGGAUUCACCACAGGCACCUGCGGCGGCGACGCGGCGAUUCACACCUGCGACCUGUGCGGCAAGGCCUUCCGCCUGCAGCGCAUGCUCAACCGGCACCUCAAGUGCCACAGCCAGGUGAAGAGGCACCUGUGCAGCUUCUGCGGCAAGGGCUUCAACGACACCUUCGACCUCAAGAGGCACGUGCGCACGCACACAGGCAUUCGCCCCUACAAAUGUGACGUCUGCCACAAAGCCUUCACCCAGCGCUGCUCCUUGGAGUCCCAUCUGAAGAAGAUUCAUGGGGUGCAGCAGCAGUACGCCUACAAGCAGCGCCGGGACAAGCUGUACGUCUGUGAAGACUGUGGCUACACGGGCCCCACCCAGGAGGACCUGUACCUGCAUGUGAAUGGUGCCCACCCGGGCAGCGCGUUCCUCAAAAAGACAUCCAAGAAACUGGCAGCCCUCUUGCAAAACAAGCUGACAUCCACGCUCCAGGGCAAUGCCAACCUGAGCGAGGAGGAGGAGAAGUAGGAGAGGGCGUGGAUGCCAACGCUGCCACGUGUCCACAGAUUCCCGGUCCUGAGGGCCCCCUGACCCACGGGCUCUUUCUAAGUCCAAGUGUUCCGUCCAUCUCUCUGUCCUCUGGGGGCCUCAAUGGGGGGCUCCGUUCCAAGGCUGUCAGUGAUAACAGUGGCUUCAGGCCCCCUGUAACCUGUAUCCUCAGGAACACUGUCACAUGAAUGAAAGCUUGUGGAUGGCUAUGAUCACCGUCUGGGGUUUGGGGUUUUUGUUUUUUUUUUUAGGAUUUUCACACAUGGAGGCAGGGGUGUUCUUAAGAGAGACACCCCUUGGAGAGGUUGAUAUGGUGCCUUGAAAUAAAAGUACUUCCACUUGAAAUGCUACUCCAGCAGGGAAAAUGAAUCCUAUUAUUCUGAAAGAGUUAGCAGGAAUUAUUUUAAUAAAG